CAACACUAUCGCAUUCUACAUGUCAGCGGUAUCUAUCGAUAUCUUAAUUAUCGUUAAAAAAACGCCAAGUGAAAGGUUAGAGAGGGAGAGAGUAACUUACGAUAGCAGUAUUAUGCUUUACAAUUAUCCGGGACUUAUCGAAUCACAUCAACUUAAUGCUGUAAUCCGAGUGAGUUGAGAAUCCCAGGCACGCCAUAAACAAGCAACAUGGUCGACCAUGGCUGGUAGCGUCUACUGACGAGAUGCGUGUUGCUGUUUAUAAAUUAAAUUAAGGAUUACGCAUUGGUAAGGCUGUAAUCGCAAUUUAAUCGCACAAUGGCGCAAGCGAAACUCAACGUAACAGCAGAGAAAUCCAGCAGCAGUACCCUUAAGGAAAAGGACAAAGAUGCUGAAGAGAAAGAAGGUCGUACCACUGUGCCAGAAUGUGCGGUAUGUCUACAGCCUUGCAUUCAUCCAGCAAGAUUACCCUGUAGUCAUAUAUAUUGCUAUCUGUGUGUAAAAGGUGUUGCAAAUCAAAGUAAACGCUGUCCGAUGUGCCGUCAAGAGAUUCCACCAGAUUUCCUUGAGAGGCCUCAGUUAGUAGAAGUCGAAGAAACACAAAAAGAGACAGAACACUCAGAGGAAGAGUAUCAGUGGUUUUAUGAAGGUCGAAAUGGUUGGUGGCAAUACGACGAGCGAACGAGUAUCGAAUUAGAAACAGCAUAUAAGCAGGGCAGGAGGAAUUGCGAGCUGCUAAUUGCAGGAUUUCUUUACAUCGCCGAUUUUGGCUCUAUGCUACAGUUACGUAGAAAUGAUCCUUCUAGACGAAGAAGAAUUAAAAGAGAUCUAUACAAUGUUCCAAAGAAAGGAGUUGCCGGAUUACGGCUUAACAUGCAGGACGAGGAGAUUAUAAGAGAAAUAAGGGGCGCGGAACGUCCAGCUAGUCCUGCUAGUGAUAGUAUGGGUACAGGAGAUGGAACAAAUACUCCGAUACCACCUAGCAAUACACCGCAGACACCUGCGGGUGGGACAGCGAGCGGUGAUGCUACACCUCUGAACGAUAGGAUAGAUCAAAGAUCGGAAUCCUUGCAUCAAGUUCUGGAGCAAAUGCGCUCACUUGUUCUAAGAGAGCAUUUAUUUCUGAGCAGUGAUAACGAGGAAGAUACGGAGGAUGUAGCUAUUCCGGAUCACGCUGCUCUCUCAUAGCAAGCUACGAACAGCAUUAAAAGCAUAUUUGUCAGAGACAGUGGUAAUUGGUGUUUAUGGAAUCUCCGUCUCUUGUUCUCAAACUCUUAAUCGUGAUGUUACAAGCGUUCAGCUCAACAAGAUAAUAUAAUACAUGCAUAUACGCGAUAUUACGUUUGCUACGUGAGCGCGACAAUGUACAAACUUUAUUGAUCUAGCGAACAGCAUUGCUCAACUACAAAACGUACGAGAAUUAUAUUGUAUUACGCUCUCAUCUGAUAUGUACAAUCAAAUGUUAGAAAUUAGGAUUAGGGCCAAUAAGAACCGAGCACGGUUGUUAAAUGCGGAUAUAUCUUGAAUUUGGGAGGAUGAAUAUGUUGGACAGCGUGAUGACAGCGCACGCGCCGACAUUCCGUCAGACUUUCAACGUACACGGGGAAUCUCCCAUUCCGUCGAAUCGAUAAUUUUUUUUAGAGUUAAAAAAUCCCUUUUUCUAAGUAUACUCACUAUGAAAUUAAUCAAUGCAUUUUAAUUGAUUCCCUAGAAUGUUGCGAAAAAAAUGCGGCCUCUGGAAUGUCGUCGUGUGCGCCGUCUCACACUGUCAAACAUAUUUAUCCUCUCAAAUAUAUUCGCACUUAACAACCGUGCUUGGCUCUUAUUGGCUUAUUUUAAUUUCUAACAUUCGAUUGUAUGAGAAUUUAUGUACAAUUAAGUCUUUCAACCCGUUAAUUUUAUUCAAUAAGUAAUCUUAUCCUGAUUUUAAUAAUCCUAUAUUGUACUUGACAAGUUUGAUAAGUCAGAAUGAAUAUUGUUGUCGUGACAACAGUGAGCGAGCGUUUCCUCCGCGAUUUGCGGAGAUAGAUAUAAUAUGUAUCCCACAAAAAAAUUAGUUGCUGGAAAAUAAUUAAUGUACUUAAGACCUCGACUCGUUUUGAGAACUAUUAUGUUACGUAGCAAUAAUAUAUAUCUCGUACAAAAGGAAAAAAAAGGUAAAAUAAGAUUGGAGUACUACUACAGUUGUUCAAAGACAUAUUAAAGUUUCUAAUGAAAAUGUGUUCAUGCCACAAAGGUGCAUAGAGAAGAGUAUAAUGAAAGAAAAAUGAAAACAUUUAUUCUUAUGACAAGAUCGAGUGCAAUACGUGAUAAUCAAUAAUUACUGAUUUCAAGUGAACUCUGUAAUUCCCGAUGUUCAGAAUAACUAUGAAGUCUUCGUCUUUCUUGUAUUGCACAUAGAAAUAAAAGAAACGUCGUCGACAGCCAAUGCAGCUUUGUU